UGAGGGGGAGCGAGUGUGAGGGGGAGUGUGUGAGUGAGAGUGUGAGUGUGAGGGAGGCGAUGGCUGCCACCGUCAAGUGUUUUUCCUCUUAGGCCCCGAGCGGAGCAGCGAGGCCUCGGGCCGGCCUUUCACACCGAGCCGGGAGACGGCGGGAAUAUGAAAAAAGUGCCAACAUGACAUCAAGAUAUGGGAAAACCUACAGCAAGAAGGGAAGUACUGGCAGCUCGAAAUUUGAUGAGGUGUUCUCUGGUAAGCGUGCGAAGAUAAGCACAAAAUGGGGAGAGACCACCUUUAAGGCUCAGCUGACCCAGAAGAGACCGAAUGUCAAGCCAGAGCCCGUGGAGCAGCCCAAGCGGCAGAAGAUUGAAGACCAGCUGACCGAGGACCCAUUUGGGUUUGACAGCGACGAUGAUUCUCUCCCUGUGUCAUCGCGGAAUCCAACCCCAGCCAAGGCGCCGCAGUCCGCAGAGCCCCCGAGACCAUCUGAUGGCGAUGGUGUGAUCUCCCUGCCGGAGGUGAACAGUAGGAUGAGUCGGCCUGUUGGCGGCGAGGCCCUUGUGUGCAGCAGGUUUGCAGUCUUGCCUGAUACAGUCCAGGAGAACAGUUUGGGUCGAAGUGUUGCCUUGUGUUCAGAGACCAAAGAAGCCCAAGUCUCUGCCAACAGGUUGAACUCGCUGGGGAGCAAACACUCGGAUCCAUUGAGAGAAGGAAUUGAGAAAAAUAGUUUUCCCAAGAACAAGAAUGCAACUGAAAAUGAAAAGAAAGUCGAGAUGGCCAGUACAGGGCUGGCUAGUUUUACAACUGAUGAAUUGCCCCUGGAUAGUUGGGAUGAGAUCAUGAAGAGUUCAGGGUCACCCACUGAGAUGCAGCAGAGGACAGAAUUCCAGCCAUGGGUUGGUGGACUUGGCCGUAUUCCCUGUGUCAAAGACGAAGCCUCUGAUGGAAGGCACGGUAGACAUGGAGAUGCUUUCUUAAACCCUGAUAGGUCUACGGAACUAAAAGGUAACCAGGGAAUGUUUGAAUGGGCAGAAUAUUCCAGCAUCAAGGAUGAGGAAAUAGAGAAUGACUCCCAGCCACUCAGGUCAAACUGCAAAACAUACUGUCGCUCAAAUAAAGGCAAGUCGGGAAGUGCUGGCACAACAAAUUUUGAUAAAAUAAAUGAUGGCACUGGGAAAUCUGCUCAAGCUGACCUGAUGGCCAAGGAUGGCUUAAAACUAGACACCAAAAGUUCAGGGACAACAGGCAAGUCAUCUACAGCUCGGACAGCUAGAGACACCAUUACCUUGCCCUCGUCUUAUCUAUCACCUUGCAAUGUCACGCUUCAGGACACCACAGACCGGAGCAUGGAUGAAUUCACCUCAAGUCCAGCUGACCUGGGAGAAGCAGGCCGCUUGCGGAAAAAAACCGAAGCUGCCGCAGGUAAGACUACUGUCAGAUUUCGGCCGACCCAGUCCAAAUCCAAAAAGGAUGCAAAGCUGGAGUUCUUUGGCUUUGACGAGCAAGAGGGAGAGGAUGGUGCUUUCCACUCAACUGGCGGUGCAGCCAACUAUAAAAUCAAAUACUUUGGUUUUGACGAUUUGAGUGAAAGCUCCGAUGAGGAUGAGGAUUCUGAAUCAGAAGGCGGGCACAAGAAAAAAUCUUCAGUCAGAAUCGUUGAUAUUGGGGAUCUUCUGGCGAAUUCGGAAUCAACAGACUCCCAAGGAAGUCAAUUGCAGUCUCAGGAGAGCACAAAUACAGAUCCUCUGGAGUUCACUGACGAUCCAAAUCUCACCUUCCCUGAGGUUGGUAGGAAACAAAUGAACAGACAGGAAAAAGCCAAGGAAAACACCAGAAAAAUCUUCCAUGGGCCUAAACGGGCUACACUGCAUACGCAAAACAAAAGAUCGUCUUUAUUUACGUUAAAGUCUCCAACUAAAGCUGUGUAUAAUGCCAGACACUGGAAUCAGCCUGAGGCGGAGGAGCUUCCUUCUACACUGUCACAAUCUCACAACGCAGCAGGGAGUGCCACAAGCAAGCAGCCACUGGCACAGUCUCAGACAACACCGGUCGUAACCACCACAAAUGAAACUGCUCAGAAGGAUGAAGGAGUCUUCAAAGCACCUCCUCCCCCUCCCCGCGUGAUCAAAACCGUAACCAUACCAACCCAGCCAUACCAAGACAUUGUGACUGCACUGAAAUGUAGGAAGGAAGAUAAAGAGUUGUACACUGUGGUCCAGCACGUGAAGCACUUCAAUGAUGUGGUGGAAUUUGGAGAAAACCAAGAGUUUACAGAUGACAUUGAGUACUUGCUCAGUGGAUUGAAGUGCUCUCAGCCUCUCAACACACGCUGCCUUAGUAUUAUCAGCUUGGCCACCAAGUGUGCCAUGCCCAGUUUCCGAAUGCACCUGAGAGCUCAUGGAAUGGUAGCCAUGGUCUUCAAGACACUAGACGAUGCACAAAAGAACCAGAAUCUAGCUCUUUGCACGGCAGCACUAAUGUACAUCCUAAGCCGAGAUCGGCUGAACAUGGAUCUGGAUCGAGCCAGUCUGGACCUGAUGAUUCGCCUCCUGGAGUUGGACCAGGAGCCAUGCUCGCAUCAACUGAACGAGAAAGAAAUGAAAAAGAUAAAGGAGAAAAUCCGCAAGCUCUGCGAGACUGUUCACAACCGGCAUCUGGACCUGGAGAAUAUCACGACGGGACAUUUGGCAAUGGAGACGCUGCUUUCCCUCACAUCCAAGCGAGCAGGCGACUGGUUUAAAGAGGAAUUGAGACUCUUGGGAGGAUUGGAUCACAUUGUAGAUAAAGUGAAAGAAUGUGCGGUACAGUUGAAUAAAAAUGAGGAGCAGGACAAACUGGUUGCGACGUUAUGGGGCGCGGAGCGCUGUUUACGUGUGUUGGAGAGUGUCACUGUUCACAAUCCAGAAAACCAAAGUUACCUUAUAGCGUACAAGGACUCCCAGCUCAUCAUGUCUUCUGCCAGGGCGUUACAACAUUGUGAGCAGUUGAUCACACGGUAUAAUCGGGAAGACAGCAAGAUCUGCCUCGCAAACAGCAAUUCUCUUCCUGGAUACAAUGCCUCGUGUUAUAUUGGCAAAGCAGUAGAGGACUGCAUGCGAGCCAUCUUUGGUGUUCUGCUAAACUUGACCAAUGACAAUGAAUGGGGCAGCACCAAGACUGGUGAGCAAGACAGCCUCAUCAGUACAACCAUGAAUUGUGUGCUUCAGGUGCCACAAUACAUACCUCAGGAACAGAGAUUUGAUAUUCGAGUACUGGGUCUAGGCCUGCUGAUUAAUCUGGUCGAGCACAGUGCUCGCAAUAGGCACUGUCUUGUUGACAUGGAAACGCCUUGCUCCUUUGAUUCAUUCUGUGCUGUGGAUGGAAACGACAGCUUGCAGAUGGAAGGACAGGUGGGAGCUAUCGAGGCCUUGGUGCAGUUGUUCCUGCAGCGGCAACGAGCUGCCCGACUGGCAGAGACUGAGACUGAUGAUUUCAUCAAAGACACACCAACACCACCUCAGGAUCAGAGUGGCCAGUGGCAGGAGACUGCCGGGUCAUUGGAAUGGGUGCAGUCAGAAAAUUGCACCAAGAAUGAUAAUGAAAAGAAGGAGGAGGAGGAUGAAGAGAUCGACUUGAAUAAAGCGUUGCAGCAUGCUGGAAAGCACAUGGAGGAUUGUAUUGUGGCCUCGUACACAGCACUACUUCUGGGCUGCCUAUGUCAAGAGAGUCCGGUGAAUGUUACUACUGUGAGGGAGCUUUUACCCGAAGGAGACUUCUCCAUAAUGACUGAGAUGUUGCAGAAGUUCUUGAAUUUCAUGAAUCUUACAUGUUCAGUGGGAACGACAGGACAGAAAUCCAUCUCUCGAGUUAUUGAGUACCUGGAUCACUGCUAAAGGACGCCAAGCUUCUGCUCCGAGAGGCUAUGUUCUGUCCCUUGGGGUUCAGUCCCCUCCCUCAUCAACCAACUCAUAUUGUCAAGACCUUCUCUAACCCUAAAUAUGGAAAGCACCAAGGGGAAGCUCGCUCUCUACUUUGUCAGUGACUGCUCUUCCAUGGGAGUUUAUGCCCACAGUACAGUCUGAAUUUCAGGCAGCAUCGUGAAUGAACAGGUUGGAGGCAGAGACUAAUCUAAGGAUGAAUGGCCAUGUGCUUUAGAUGUCAAGACACAGCUGAUAUUAAUCAUGUGUUGAAUUAUUCCAUACCCAUGCAGGUAUGCAAACAGCCCCAGUGUGGAGAAUUUUUCCUGCAAGAUCAAAAUUCAGAGUUUAAACAAAAACGAAAUGGCCUUGAGUUACUCAGCAAUAUUACAUUGUGUCUUCACGGUCCGGCUUGUUAUGGUUUGGUGUGGGUAUGGAAUAAAUCCUGUACCACGCAUGUUUUUAUGAUUACUGAGACAAAUGUCGACAUUCUUGGUCUGGUAGUCAUUGCUCCUGAGCACUGUGCUGGACAACUCAUUCAUUUGACACCAGUAAACCUUGCCACCCUCCAGAGCAGCUGCUUAUUUUACUACAAGCUGAACUGAUGGACUAAUGUUCCAUAAAUAGAGUUAACUAACACAGAUAUAUAAGUAUAUGAUAAGACUAUUUGGUUUACUUCCCCUGAUCCAUUCAGCUUGCACUAAAAUAAAUGGCGCGAGUUAGGCAACCGAGAUAUCAUUUCUUCGAUGAGGGUAUUUUUGUCUUAAAAAGUCUUCAUCCCAAGAUUCUCUUGGACACCUUUUUUGAAUUGAGGAAACACACCAGCAGUGCUGAGGUCCCAACACGGAUUUGGUUACUUGUAAUUAUCUCUGGGUUGAAGUCUUACUGUAUCCACGGAAAAUAUGAGAUCUGCCUAUUUCAAGAUAACUUCUUGAAGCUUCUUGAUAAACUUCAGUACUCAGUUGUUGUAUUUGAUUGCGACUAGUCUUUGAUUUCAUUUUAGGUGUUUCGGUGCUGUGGUCUGCUUUUUGAGCCCGUAACAUUAUCGAAGGCCAUUGGGAGCACCGGGGAGUGUGAACACUGGAGUGAGACGGCGUCUAUUUUCUUUGUCUUAACUUGGAAAAUUAUUGUCGCGACUUCUACGAAAUACAUUGAAAUAGCUAAUCAGAACGGGAGAAGAGAAAGCACUGGUACAUGAAAUAGAUUCCAAGGUUCUCCAUUUUAAUGCAUUAGUUUCUUGCUUUACUGAAACAGAUUCUGAGUUUACCUGAGAGCAGGGCUGGAUUAAAAAAAAAUCCUCCCUCCAAUCGAUAAUCAUUUUUGAAUUUGGAGCCAUUUUCAGCGUCUGUAUGGGUAAUUUCAGAAAGUAGAAUAAAUGUACGGAACAGGAAUUAUAGUCAUCAGCCUUUGCCCUCUCUCUGGCCACUCACUUCUAUACUCUUUUCCCAGUCCAUGGCAAGUCCACAUUAUCUGUGCAAGUUUUGCAGUUACUUCCGGAGACUGGUGAGAGCAGAUGUGUCUUUUAUAUUCAACUGAUGUGGUGGGGAGAAGGGUUGGGCAAUGUUCAGUGACGUUGAAUCACCGUGGACUCAAUCCAACAAAGAUAUGUUGAAUACUAUAAUACGAGCAUUUUAAACUUAAUGGCUUCUUUCUCACAUUUUAAACCCCGAAGAAAUCAGCAGUUUUGUGUGUCUUUACCAGAGGAAUUAACUGAUAUGAUCGUUUUCAACCUCUACCGAGGCUGACAAUUCAGCAGCAUUGCCAUCCUUGUUUCGAAGUAGCCCGGAUGGGUAGUUGAUCCAUUUGAUGAUAAGCUGAUAAUGUGCUGCAAAAGCGGGCAACUGCUUCAAUUUGACUGGCUUCUCUAGAAAGCUGUAUUGUAGCUGGUCAAUCUUGCUUGUAACCAAUGAGGAAAAUGUCAGCCUGGUCUUUAAUUUCUUCUUGGUAUAGAAGUGGUAAUGGUAAAUGUAAGGAAGGAGGGUCCAUGUUUUAAAGUCAAAGUCAUUGUGUGGAAUAUGACCAACUGAGCCUCUCAUCAAGCAACUACGUUGGAAAUCUUUGCAUUAUACCUUUUCACUAUUCCACCUGCUCAGUGACAUCUUAGAGUAUGAGCAGAGUAGCAACAAGCCUGAAAAUAUGUUGGUGGACGUCACUUGGAACGCAUCUCUAUCCCAUUGUGUUUCUGCAAAAUUUGCAGACUGCUUUAGAAAUCAUGGAAUUGCAGCAGGACUAGGUAGUUAUUUACCUGACCGUACUAAUGCCCCUUAUGCUUUUAACUACAAUGUGUUUUGGGAAUGCUGCUUUAAUAUUAUUGGAAGGAGCUGGCUGCUCUGCAUUAGUAAUGCAGCUCUCUAGAUCCAAGAUGCACCUUGUGUUUCUAUGUGGAUGAUUGGUAUUAUUUAAGUGUAGAAGACCAAAUGACUGAAGAAUUAGGAAAUCCUUUAGUGCCCUUGCUUUCAUGUUAAUUAACUGGGUUUUGCCCCCACCCAUGUCAUUUUUAACCCCUAGAUAUAAUUAAGUUUCAAUUUUAUUUGCUGCUUUUAGUUAGACAGAGGUGUACGUGAGAUUAAUCCAGCCUUGCAGAACCAGUUUUGCCAAUAAUCUCCUGCAGCAAAUUGUUUUGUGAUUUAUUGAGACUUUUCUAUAUUUUCCUAGAUGGACUGUAUUCGCUGAUACUGAAUAAGUCUUCAAAAUGUGAAAUCUAUUGAGAGUUAGGAGGCACAAGUUUUAAUCUCUGGAACCCAACUUCAAACCAUCCUAGACUGACGGAUCCAACAUUCGGGACUGGUUGUAUAAUACGUUGUGAGGAAUGGAUUGCUGCAGCAAAUGCCUUUGAGUUUAAUGAGAUUUGAUUCUGCAUUUGCUGGAUUGGUGUGCUUUCUGUCCUCCCAUGUUGAUGCAGAAAGUGAUGUUUUAUUUCCUCCACUCGUGCAUCUUUUCUUGACGAGCACUGGGAAAUAUGGUAGAGAUUAUUGACAAUUCACUGCGUUGGGUCCGUUCAGAGAGCCAUUUAGUCACUAAUUACCCCUAUGCUUUGACUUUGUCUGCUCCAUCAGAUCUUUGCUGUCUCAGCAAUCUUCAAUAUCUGCUUGCUUUGUCAGGCUGACCACAGGAAGCUAGCUGCUGGUCAGUAAAGUUAUCUUCAUUCAAGACAAUAGAAACCAUGCAGAGAAUAUAUUUCAAUAAAAUCAUUUUAUCUCCCGCUAUCCCCAUUGUUUCUAAACUCUACUUUUUGAUUAUUCUUAAGUAUUCAAUGUCAUUCCCUGCUGGUGUUAACAUUGUUUGCUUUGAUGAUUGGGAGCUCUGAUUACAAUCCUAUCCCUUUUCCCAUUGUUAAGUGCCCAGAUUAUCUUCAUUGCUGCCUCUGUUGUCAUCAGGCUGAACUAAUGUUGUGAAGUUAAAAAGCCUUUGUUCAAGGUAAAAUUUCAUUUGUUGAUGUAUGUUGUUAGCUUAUUCUUCCCAACAGUAGGGAACUAUUCUCAAUUCUUUCUAAUCUCAUACAAACUGCCACAGACAAGAGCCUAGCAAUAUCAAUUGUAUUGGUAGAUCAUUGUAUCCAGGAAGAGUGUAGAUGCUAUUCCUUGCAGAAUGUGGCUAAAUUAGUCUUUACUUCAAGAUGUACCAUUCUGGCAAAGACACAGAUAUCUCUCCAGAGAGGAUUACCCCUUGCAUUCUUUUGCUCAACAUGCUGCUUGAUGACUGCUACGGAAGGAAUAUCUCCUAUGAGCAACCUCCUUGGUGUUGGGUUUUCCGCACUACUGUUUGUGCCUGUUUCCCGAGAAAUGUAAAUCUAUACUUUGUAUUUUUAAUUGUACAGUUGAUUGAAGCCUUAGUGAUUUCACCCUGACUAAAUCUGGUUGUGAACUCCAUGGUGCCACUUUGAACACAUGGGUGCAGGAGUUCUUGUGUAAAAUAUCAGUCACUGAGGUCAGGACAAGUUUAGUGGGGAAUAAAAUAAAUGUAUUUUUCCAGCUGGGUUGCAUUCUCUGAUGGUGGUAAGUCUUCAUUCAUAAUGUCAACUCUAUUGAGAAUUAAGAUUUUUACAAGGUCUGUCGAAGCCGUUCCCGAUUUCACUCAGUGUUUGGAAACUGGUUUUCCGGGAGCUGAUGAUGCAUGUUAGAUCAAGGUAUGAAACAUAUACUUUCUCAAAUCCUGUCACAGGAUUAGAUGAGAUUACAGGCCGUAAUUAUAGACAAUCCAAUGAGCAUUCACCAAGUUUAGGAACAUUUGAAACAAGAUUCCGUGAAUUUAAAGUUUCCAUUCUUUUUAAAGCUUGUUGCUGCAAGUUCAAUAGACUGCUCAGUUUCCCAUGUGGCUAUAGAAAGCUGCCACAGUUUGAGCAUCGACCCUCAGUUCUUAAUGGCCUGUUUUUUGUUUACUCUAUGAAUGUUCUUACUAACUGCAAUCAAGUCCAGAUUUGAGAUUUUAAAGCCAUGUUUUAUAUUUGUGAAGGUAAAGCUACUUAAAUUUUUAAAUCAGGUGAGAUUUGUUUAAUUCUAGACUGCAAUGCAACUUUUAUCCAUUCUAGUGAGGCUUGAUUUUACAAAACUCUUUGGGGUCUGGAUGUGGUGAUGACCCAACUCCCAGUCACUCAUUUACAUAAGAUACCGCAAUUCUAUGGUUCAAAUCUGAGGAGAUUACAGUUCUGAUCAUGAGAUUCACCUUGCCCUAGGCCCGUGAAGUGGGAUUGGAACAGCAUGAAAGAUCCAAAUAUAUCCAAGUGUCCCACAGGUCUGCAGCACCAAGUGUGAAUCUGCUCCCAUUCUUGAUAUAUUAGAUUACUGCUACACUUCUAUAACUGAAUAUGGGGAAGACAUUUGAUUAUAUUUUAAUCAACUUAGGUCCACAUGUACAGCUACACAUCCAUAUCAUGCCUCAAAAAUUAAUUCAUUUUAAAAAGGAUAGGAAUGUUUGUGUUAUAAUGAACACUGGAUAACUAGUUUUUAAAUAGUCUGACCAGAGUGGGUACAUUUGACGGGAUAUUUCCAUUCUUUCUUCCCCUGUGUUGACAUCACUAUCCUUUAUGAAAUGAACGAGUGGAGCAAUAUAACUGCCAUUAUGGAGCUCUGUUGCAUCCUGUUUGGCAGUAUAUACUUCAAGCAAUAACUCCCUUCCAGGGACAAGCUAUCCAUGCUUCACUGCUUGGGGAAGGUGAAAUUUUGGUGUGGCUAUGCUUAAAGUAGAGCAUUACUUGAAUCACGACUAAAAUUGUACACGGCACAAGCUUCGAUCAAGAUUUGCUGUUGGUAGAGUUAUAUUAAAGCUUUUAAUUCUAUUGCCAUCCUGCCAGGUGGUCCAUUCUCCCUUCACUUUAAUUGCAUCUGUGAUCUGUGUUGAUUAGAAUACGCUGCAUUGGAUUUCUGGAUUAAUUAGUUCAAUAUUUAUCAGAGCAUAAACAACAUCUAUGAUGUUUCAGUAAUUUUUUUUAAAUGCUUUGAAACCAUGCUGAACUGGAUGAUGGGACCUGGGGAACACCAGAUUAUUUUUACGCAGAAGAAAAACGUUUAAUUAGGUUUGUGCGUUGUAUGUUGUGUUCAAGGAUGGAGAGUGUUGCAAAGGUUUUGUUAGUCCUCAGCUUUGUUUACGCUUUAACUUUCUCUUGCUCUUCUGCGACUUUGCAGACAAUUUGACAAAAAUGUGAAACUUGUUGUGUUGGAAUUAAUGAGCGCAAUUGGAGGACCACGCUUCAUAAUUUGGAAGCAGAAAACCAAGUAGCCUGGUCAGCUCCCUCCUUUACCUUUUACACCUUAUAUUAGCUUUCCUUCCCCAUUGCUGCAAGGUUUAGAUUUUUUUAAGUAGGCUGCCCUGACAGUGAGGGAUUAUUUUUGUCAUGCAGACAAAAUUGCUGGAGAAACCCAGCGGGUGCAGCAGCAUCUAUGGAGCGAAGGAAAUUUAUUUCCUUCGCUCCAUAGAUGCUGCUGCACCCGCUAAGUUUCUCCAGCACUUUUGUCUACCUUCGAGUUUCCAGCAUCUGCAGUUCCUUCUUAAAACAUUUUUGCCAUGCAUUUGUGUAUUAACGGGGCUUUAUGAACAUCAAUGCCUUAAUAGGUGCGCUUUGGUUAUUUAUGUAAAUUAGGAAUAUAUUAAAUAUAAAAUAUACCAAAGUGGAAAGUUUGAGUUAUCAGAUCUGUCCAGAGAUAAGGAAUGGCAAGUUGUAGUUUUCAUUGUAAAAUAUUUUGGUGUCCAUUGGCAGAACCCAAGAGAAAGUUUAACUGAAAGGUAUUGGCAGGUUUGUGGUGAAUGUUUUGCUUUGGCCCCAUGAGAGAGGUCACUACUAAUCGAAAACCAUCUUCACAUCCACCGAUUUGGACGUGGGGGACCUUUCAUGGUUCCUCUUGUUUGCUGCCAUCCAGACUGUGUGGAGGGAAAGGAACUGAAGUAACCUUUCCAUAUGACAACAUCCAUUUAUUUCCUGUUCAUGAAUAUGCAGAUUGUAACAACCCCAUUUUCAGUUACUUAAAAAAAAAAAAAACUAUUUUGAGAAUAACAUUUGUGUCUCACAUUCUUUACAGUUUGUAAAAUUUAAAGAUCUAGCUAAGAAAACUAUUGAGUAUGUUAUGAUCCUCAACUUAAUGCAAAUGUAUUGUGUAUAUACCCAACAAGGUUCAUUAAUCCAAAGGCAUUUGAAAUGUCUAAAUGCCUUCACCAAAGGACCAUCCUGGGUGUUUUUACACUUGAGCUCAGGUCUUUAUUGAUUAGGUUCUUCCUCGCCAAUCAGCAAUCCUGAGAAUUUGAAUUAACCCAUUUAAUUGGAGUUUAUCAAUUGGAGUGUUCUAGUGUGGAUUUUGGUAACUGAGAUGGUUACUAAAAUCAAUUGGUAACUGAGAAAGUGCCAAAAAAAAUGCUUCCAUUAACCACGUAUCCUGUAAAUCACAUCAGAUAAUUUAAUAUACAAACAGCUCAAACUGUGCAAAAAUUCCAUUCAUCAAAUAUUAUUUCCAGCAACAAGCUUAGUUGGGGUGUUUAAUAUUCUUACUCCAGGUAAAGGCAUCCCUGAAAUCAAGAUGGCCAUACAGAGACUGCCCACCUCUGCCAACUCGUUGAUCAUCUAUCUACUCAUCCGCUAACCUGUCGUGCAUUCAUGACCACUUCAAGGCUGGCUCUGCAGAGGCAGAGUUGCUUUGCUUGCAUGAAUCCCACUUGGGUUGUCAAUAUGCGCACAGCGUGAGAAUGUUGAACAUUGCAUGAGGUUUCUUGGUUCAGGCGGUGGGUAUUUGGCGUUCUGUUGUGAUGGUGCAUGUUACUCCACCUCUAGCAGCUCUGGGGAGGAGGUGCAUCCCAGGAAGAAAAUUUGGAUCUUCUGAAGUUUAGCUGCUCCAACAUGAAUAGACAGCAUAAUUUUCAUGUUCUCACCUAAAUUGUUAUCUCAUUCAAGUAAUAAUAUGUUAAAGCCUUCCUGUUCUGGUGGGAGUGGUGCUUCAAACUUGGAAGAACUCAUCUCUCAUGAUUUUGACCCUGCAUAUACCUGAUUCUCUGAUAGGUUGGAAUGGAAGAAAUGGCAACCCUUAGACUGCAAGGCUUUCCGGUUGUUGUGUGGACUUCCAAUGGAACUUAAGCAGCAAAUUUCUAACUUGACGAAUUGUGUGGGUUUCCAAAGGUGAAUUUAUAAGGAUUUAAGAAGUGUUUCUCCAAUGCAUUAUACUGUCUCAUUCAGAAACAAUCCCAGUUUUAGUUACGAUUUGUAGAUAAGAGAUAUGGCUGCGUUAUUUUAGAAGGAAGGUUACCUCUCGUGCAGUCCUCAUUUUCCUCCACGUUUCACUCUCAGCACUCGCUGUGCACUCCGUCAGCUGCUUGUGGCUUCCCCACAGGCAAAACCAGUGUCUCCAUUUGCAAUUGUUUUCAUUCCAUUCCGUUGUAGCAAUCACAUGACUGCAAAGGGUACAUGAGGGCCUGAAGAGAAUGGAUUUAAAAUAAAAUUUAAAUGACUUUCUUUGUGUAAAUAGUUGUGUAAAUAUUGGCAAUUGGAAAUUUAGAAUGGUAGAAAUACUUUUCAGAUUCCGAUCCUAUUUUUAUUUUAUACAUAUUUCUCAGUUUCAAUCUUUCAGAGUAAAAGCCAAAUGGCAGGAAAUAGAGUUUGUACCAGUUUCUGAAGUAUGUCUUUGGUUACCUGUAAAUAAUUUUAACUCGAAUAAAAGUUGCUACUUUCAGUACA